GGUGGUCCGCCUGGGGAUUCCCCCAGACUUUUGAUUGCCGCGGGAAAAACGGCGGGACGAACCAGACAAGGAUUGGUGGAAUUCUUUGGGAGUUCGGUGGAGGUAUCGAAAAUUGCACGCGCAGGAUCGGCUGCUCCGACACCACCGUGAUGAUACCCUCGGAUUUAACCUAAUGCCGUCGAGUCAAGCGGCGGAAGCUGAAAGUCGAAGAACAGACCGAAAUAUUUAGUAUAACGUACAGAUCUUUCGUUUGGUUACCGAAGGUCUGGCAUACGAUACUCAUUUUCGAGAGUGCUAAUGCUCCGUGGCAAGACGAAACGUCUUGACGAAGAGACGCGCGAUUCCGACAGCAAGCAGAGGAGACCCAAAUGCGCCCGGUGUAGAAAUCACGGGUUGAUAUCCUGGCUGCGGGGUCACAAACGUGAAUGUCGUUAUCGGGAGUGCGUGUGUCCAAAAUGCGCCUUAAUUGCCGAAAGGCAACGAGUGAUGGCUGCCCAGGUUGCUCUAAAGCGACAGCAGGCAGCGGAGGACGCGAUCGCUCUGAGCAUGGCGAAGGUAGCAACGGGUCAAAAACUGAAUCGUCUACCGCCGGGAAAAAUAUUCGGAAUGGCUGUGACGGAGCCUGAUGCUACGGACCCGAUAUCGAACAACAACUCUGGCAUGUCCAACAACGCAGCAGACAAAGACAAAAUUCGUCAGAACGCCACAGAAAAUACAGAAAGAAAAACGAGCUCUGCGGAGGAACCAGCUGGUCAGUGUGGAAUCCUUCCGAUCGUCGACCAGAAGACAACCAAAGCUUCGCGGGCUUCGAGUACCUCGGAAGUAUGCCCUGAAGUUUGCCCUCAGUCUGCUGGUGAACGUUCUAAUUCACAACGGUAUAGAACGCUGCUGUUCAACGUAAACAAAACUCACGGAAUUGAGAGAACUGAGUCAGCGGAUUCAGGGAAGAAGCUGGAGGACGGAAAUGAUCCGGGAUCGACCGUCUCUCAGGCGUCUGUCCAAACUCUCGCCAAUUUAUUCCCCAGCACAAAGCUCUCGGUAUUGCAGUUGGUGCUUCAGCGAUGUGGUCAGGACCUGUUGAAGGCCAUCGAGUACUUUGCCGCCCAAACGGCUCUCGGGGCUGGCACCGCUUCCGGUUCCGCUUUCAGGCCCGUGCAGAAUCUCAACGGCGGGAUUAACCAGCCCACGCAAAGCGUCACUCUGCAGGGAAUCCAAGGCGUGAACCACGGCCUCCAGAGCAACGUGCAGCAGCAGACGACCCCGGAAGUCCCGAAUUUCUUCACCUUUCCGCCGACGUACUCGAGCUUUCCCCGCAAUAUUUACGGCGACAGUUACUGUCUGCUCAAUAUCGUGCCGGAGCAGUUGCAGCCGAAGAGCUCCAGCACGGAAACGGCGAACUUGACGCUCGCUAAAACCGGAAGUCCGCAGGAGGACAGCGUUGCUCUAAACGUUCAGUACAACAACUACUUCAAUUCCAAUAUUCAACACCUUCGGGAACACAUGUGCAAUCAGAUGAUCGACCCGCACAGACAAGGCCUGCUUCAUCUUCCUCCAAUUUUACCGGGAAUACCUUGCGUGCAACCCAACUGUGCGCAAUGCUACAAAUUCCCAUAAAUCCGCGGGUCGCAGUGUGAUAUGAACUAGACUUAAGAAGUUAGAGAGUUAUUAUUGGUACGAACAGAUGGAAAAGAGCGUGAAUCGUUCCUAUUAUGUAUAUUAGGGUGUUCCAGUGAAACGUCAAUUUCGAUUUUCUACCACCAUGGUAUCCCUUAAAAAGUUCGUUUGGUUUAAAAGAAAAGUUCUGUCAAAAGAUCGCGCUCGGUUGAUUUGUCAGCUUUAUAAAUUUUUUUAAAUUUAUGAAGUAUCGUGUAUAAUAAUUUUGUUUUUUUUAUUACUUUCAUCAAUUGUAAUAUCACUUUACUUCGCAAAGAAGACCCACACUUGUAAUAUCAAGACUUCACCUGAUAUUUGAGAAGUGCGUCUGUGUGACUUUCUCAUCAUUAAUUCAAUCACACAAAAUAGUUAUAAUGCAAUUUGAACUUUUAAUUUAGGAGAAUAAUAUUCCUGGAUGAAAUAUUGUUGUAUUGUGGAUCGUGAUCUUUGGAUUGAAUAUAAAUGUCAGGAAAGAAAUAAUAAUUGAAGUGCUACAACGUGCUUCUUUACAAAUUCAAAAAAAUAUGAAAUCUUCCACGUAACGAAGAACGCUCAUCUUUUCACAGAAUAUUUCUUUUGAAUUAAAUAAACUUUUUAAGGGUUGCGACGGUAGAAAAUCGUAAAUUAUUUUUUCUGAAAAUAUGUAUUGACGAUAGGUAUAUCGUUGUAUACAUCGUCCCGGGCACACAUUCUGUAGCUUCAUCGCCGUUAAUGAAAAAUUGUUUCUUUUUGAUACUGUAUUGUGCCUAAUUGGUAAAACUGUUGUGAGUAAUUGUUUCAUUGAGUGAUUUUGAAAAUUGUUUUGCAUCAUGGAAAUUGUUGCAAUAAUACACGACACUC